UUUGUGGAAGUAUAAUACUUUGUCAUUAUGCAAUGUCGUCUCUCGGUACCUCCUUUGUGCAAAUUAAAUUUGACGACUUGCAGUUUUUUGAAAACUGCGGUGGAGGAAGUUUCGGGAGUGUUUAUCGAGCCAAAUGGAUAUCACAGGACAAGGAGGUGGCUGUGAAGAAGCUACUCAAAAUAGAGAAAGAGGCAGAAAUACUCAGUGUCCUCAGUCACAGAAACAUCAUCCAGUUUUAUGGAGUAAUUCUUGAACCUCCCAACUAUGGAAUUGUCACAGAAUAUGCUUCUCUGGGAUCACUGUAUGAUUACAUUAACAGUAACAGAAGUGAAGAGAUGGACAUGGAUCACAUUAUGACCUGGGCCACUGAUGUAGCCAAAGGAAUGCACUAUUUACAUAUGGAGGCUCCUGUCAAGGUGAUUCACAGAGAUCUCAAAUCAAGAAAUGUUGUUAUAGCUGCUGAUGGGGUAUUGAAGAUCUGUGAUUUUGGUGCCUCUCGGUUUCACAACCAUACAACACACAUGUCCUUGGUUGGAACUUUCCCAUGGAUGGCUCCAGAAGUUAUCCAAAGUCUCCCUGUGUCUGAAACUUGUGACACAUAUUCCUAUGGUGUGGUUCUCUGGGAGAUGCUAACAAGGGAGGUCCCCUUUAAAGGUUUGGAAGGAUUACAAGUAGCUUGGCUUGUAGUAGAAAAAAACGAGAGAUUAACCAUUCCAAGCAGUUGCCCUAGAAGUUUUGCUGAACUGUUACAUCAGUGUUGGGAAGCUGAUGCCAAGAAACGGCCAUCUUUCAAGCAAAUCAUUUCAAUUCUGGAGUCCAUGUCAAACGACGCUAACCUUCCUGACCAGUGUAACUCAUUCCUGCACAACAAGGCAGAGUGGAGGUGUGAAAUCGAAGCAACUCUUGAAAGGCUGAAAAAACUAGAACGUGAUCUCAGCUUUAAAGAGCAGGAGCUCAAAGAACGGGAAAGACGUCUGAAGAUGUGGGAGCAAAAGCUGACGGAGCAGUCCAACACCCCGCUUCUCUUGCCUCUUGCUGCAAGAAUGUCUGAGGAGUCUUACUUUGAAACUAAGACAGAGGAGUCAAACAGUGCAGAGAUGUCAUGUCAGAUCACAGCAACAAGUAAUGGGGAGGGCCAUGGCAUGAACCAAAGUCUGCAGGCCAUGAUGCUGAUGGGCUUUGGGGAUAUCUUCUCAAUGAACAAAGCAGGAGCUGUGCUGCAUUCUGGGAUGCAGAUAAACAUGCAAGCCAAGCAGAAUUCUUCCAAAACCACAUCUAAGAGAAAGGGGAAGAAGGUCAACAUGGCCCUGGGGUUCAGUGAUUUUGACUUGUCAGAAGGCGAUGAUGAUGAUGAUGAUGAUGAUGGUGAUGAGGAGGAUAAUGACAUGGAUAAUAAUAGUGAUUGAAAGCAGAAAGUAAAGUAAUAAAUUUGAAGAUGUUCGAAAAAACAAAAGAAACUUGUUAUCUCAGUCUGUACAAAAAUCAGUAAGGAGGUAGAAAACCAAGCAUUGCAUUUGUAGGCCAAUUACAUUUAUAUGACCGUCAUUUCUUUAUCAGUUUUACUUUUGAUUUGUUUUUGCUUACAGGAAAAUGGGAAAAUUAAGCCAAAAAAACAUAUUUAAUGAAUCAGCAAAUGUGGUGCCUGAUUAUAGAAAUUGUGAUUCCGUAUACAAUAUAGUAUUUUUUAAUUAAUGACAUUCUGACUUUUUUAAAUGAAUACUUUAUAGUUUGUAUCUCAUUUCAUUUCACUUAUUCAGUUGCUAAAGAAAACUUCAUUUUGAAUAAGCACUCUUAACUCCUAAUUCUUCUUUGACACUUGAUUUUCUUGUAACAUACUACAUUUUUUUUUCUAAUGGCAAUACACUGUACUGUCAGAAAUAAUUGAUAGUGACUACAAAAUCCAACAUAAAAAAAUUGAGACGAAAGAAAGUUAUAACAAAUACUUCUUCAGAAAUACCUAAAUGCCAAGAAUUUUCAAUACUUAAUAACACAGCUAUUCAAAGUAAGACCUGAGAGAUGUUCUCAAUAGUACAUUUGAAAGAGAAAUACUCUAAUUUGAAAACAGCAGCAGAUGUCGCCGGCUUUCGUACCAGUUACUAGCCCUGAAAGCUUCUUAACAACAACAAACUGUCAUCUAAGCUUAGCUUAUACUUCAUACAGAGAGAAAGAUACGGUCUUAAAGGGAUGCUUCCAGGCAGAAUGAGUGCUCUGCACUUCCAGUAAGGGUGUUUAUGUAUUUGCUUUCCAGAGGGACCUGAUAAUCCUGGAUUUUCUAAAGAAGGAACUAAAUAUUAUGAAAGGAAUGUUAAAAAUAAGUCUUCCUUACUUAGGCAAAAGUGCAGGCAAGAAAGGUCCUUUUUAUAUCAAAUCUGGCCUGCCUUCCAGCAGUCUUUUUUGAACCCUGACUCAGUAGUGCUGGUGUUGAAGAGAAGUACAUACAGGUACCGCUCUGAAAAUCUGGCUGGCCAGGGAGAUACUCUCAGAGUGUUAUCACAUAUUCGUUAAUGCUUCUUUAAACUGUAAAAUACUUUUAAAAAGAAUACAGAACAUUUGUAGUUAUGUAAAGAAAAGCAAAAGAACAAAAGUUUUUUUCUAGCCGAAAGUAUAAAGCAGUGCCAUUAAUUUGACUGUUAAACCAAAGUACUUUUGGUGAUUCUUUUUAUGGAAGAUUUAAGAAAGGAUAUCAUCAUAGAUAUUAUCUAAUACUACUUCCAGGUAUAUUUGACCAUAAAAAGCCUCUUGGAAUUUGAAACAUGACAUGCUUCUAAUCUCCAUUAAAAACUGAAAAAUGCCACAAAAUGAUCAGUACACUGUGCCAGCUUUAUCUGAAGAAAAAUAACUAAUAAAAUGUUGUGGGUGUGAGAUAAAGAGAGGGAUCUGGAGUCAGAUCAUGAUUCAAAACCCUGGGUCUACUUGCUGUGCAAUCUGAGGCAAAUUAUUUAACCUCUGUGUGUCUGUUUGCUCAUCUUUAACAUGAAAAUGAUAAUAGUACCUACUUCAAAGAAUUGUUGUGGUGAUUAAAUGAAAUAAUACAUGUAAAGCAUUUAAGAACCAGUUCAGUAGUAAAUGGUCAGUUAAUGUUAGCUACUGUAAUUAUGCCAGUGAAAAGACAUUGAAAAAUAAGUGGUUUCAGUAACCUAGAAAAAAGUUUAAACUAUCAAUUUCAAGUGAUAUUUGCUGAGUAGUAUGAGAAGAAAUCAAAAGUGGAUUACUUUCAGGAAAGAUCAGGAGUAUAGUUAUAAUAGAGUAUGAGCUACAUAGAUUUAUUCUACUGCUCUUUGAAGACUGUGUACCCUACUACCAUCCACAGACUAAGUAAACAGAGAGAGUAGGUAAGCCUUUCACCUGGAAAAUGGGUUCCCCACAUAUCCGGUCUGAUAAGGUUCUUAUGUCUCUGCAAACACAUAUAGAUACAUGCACACCACAGUUUAUUACUGGCGAUCAACAGGCUCACCCAUAAAUAAGCAUCCAUCCUGUCUGUGUUCAGACUUAGAGAAGUACUCCCUGACUUAUGCCAAGCCACUCAAGCAGAAAAUCUUAGAGUGGAACAGAAGGGACGGUUUUCAACUCUUGACUUCCUAGCAUGCCCUAGGGCACUAUGGCCUAUCUACCUGAAGGAGAGAGCCAAAGAGGGUAGUUUAAAAGCUUCUUGCACAUUUUACCAGGCAAAGAUAAAGUCAUUCAUUCCACAGACAUUCAUUGAGCCUCUUCUGUGUGCCAGGUACUAUUCUAGGGAACAGCUAGACAAAAAUCUUUGCACUCGUGGCGCUUACAUGCUAGAGAGCAAAGAUCAACAAUAAACAAAACCAAUGUAUCAUAUAGAAUGUAAACAUUUGGUAAGUGCAUGCUCAGAAUGAAGCAGGGAAGGAGGAUAAGGCAUACGGGGAGUGUCACAGUUUUUAAAAUGUGGUCAGGAAAAGACUCACUUAUAAGGGAAUUUCUGUGGGCUAAUUUUGGGAUCUGUGCACUUCAUGUAAGAAUGUAAACCUAGCCCCCCAUUUAAGGAUAAUCAGCAAUAAAUUUAGAACAUAUGAACUGAAUAAAACUGACAUUUUUUUCUUUACAUAUAAAUCUAUUAUGAUUUUUAAAAAGUUUUGCUGCAUUAAUAAAAACAGCUAAAUAGGGCCAAAAGGAAAGGUAAUAGGACUCAGUACCCAGGCCUAGGUUAACCAUUAAGUAGGUAAUAUUUCUUUAAUCUUUCAACUGCUGCCAUUUCCUCACCAGUAUUCCAGAGAUGGCCAUAGCUCUCAAUACUCUACCAUCCAGAAACUGCAAAGAAUUAGGAUAUAAAUGAUUGAUAACCUCAGUGAUAAGCUUGAAAUUCUUCUCCACCUAGAAUUAGGCUCUAAAUAGUUCCAUAUGGCACUGACUAUUUUACUUUCUGUUUCAAAUCAGUAUCUUUCUAGAUUUUUGAAUAUUCCUGAAAUCUGAAUCAUAUAAAAGGAAUUUUAAAGUGGUCUCACUACGUAAAGAUUAGAAGACUUUAGACUCUUAGUUUUAUCAGUUUUAAAAAGAAAUGUUUAUUAGCCAUAUGCGGAAAAAUCUAAUACUGAAGUAAAUCGUGCAGCUUCUAAUUCACUUUUCAGAUCAGUUUUUGAAGUGGCAAAUUAUUGGUAUUGAAUUUAUUUCUAGUUAUUUGACCUUAAAAUAUAUACAUUUAUAAAGAGUUAAACACAGAGAAAUUUGAAAAUUCAAAAUGAAAAUCGAAACUCUAAAUUGUAGUAAUAAUUGUCAGAGCCAUACAACUGAAAAUAUAACUACUCUUUAAUCUUACGUCCUGCACUCAUAAAAUUAAUCAUGUAGAAUUUGAUGACCCCCUACUAGUGGUUCUCAAACAAAGUAGUGCUGUCACCUAAUGGUGUUUGGGAGUGCUGGGCAUAUUUUUGGUUGUCAUGGUGACCGAGGGUGUGUUUAGUGCCCAGUGCCCAAAAUGGGACAGUAGCACCCAAUAAAGAAUUCCAUCCAAAAUACUCAUACCAUUGUCCCUUCCUCCACUGAGAAACUUGCUAAACCUGGCAAUUUUAAAGUUACACAUCUAAUUCCGCCCCCCCCAAAAUUACGCAAGUCAAAAGAUGCAUUUUCAGGAUUACAGAUACUACACAAUCUGAAUUUUUAGAUUUGUGGCAUUUAUCUUAAAUCUCCACUUGUGGAAAUGGAUUCUUUCCCUUUAAGGAUGCUGGUGGAAUUAUACUGAUUCCACAAUAAAUAAGUAAAAGAGAAAAACGUCAUUGAGGUAGCUACAAUUCUGCAAAGUAGCCAGAUUAAUUUCAAAGGGUUCUUUUCCUAACAAUUUUUUUUUUUUUGAGCAAAGUCACAAUGUAAUAUUUUACAUAAAUAAUCAAUGGGAAGAAGUUAGAGGCAUGUAGCACACUUGUUUUUGACGCUCUGGAACUGUUGAGGGCCAGUUUUUAGCCAGUAAUUUUUAACAUGCAGAGGAUUUGUUAGAUUUUAACACCAGCUGAGGAAUUCAGACUUGGUCCCCAUUAAAAUCAAGGAAUUGGGAGUGAGAGGAAGGCUUGGGAGAGAUCCAAAAUGACUUUUGUAGCACUAUGAUGUACAUAAUUUUAUUUUCAGAGUUUUCAUUGGAGUGGUAAGAAUUUCAUGAAAGAUCUUUCUAAAACAUCCUGAGUUAAAUAUUGAUACUUAAAAAAUUUUUUUGAUACACUAGAUCAAACAAUGCAGACUUUUGAAAUUAGCAAUCUCACCAUACCACAUAUAUAAUAGAGCAUAAUUUUUCUAUAAUUGGGUACCUUUUGCUGCUUUUGUGUAAGACUGUUUUCCUGCUUAGAAUUUAAGCAUUGCCAGAGAGAAGAAUCUGUCCUAUUCUUUUGACUGUAGCAUAACCUGACAGCUCUGUGUAGCGUUUCUGUGAUGAAAAAUGAGUGUCUACCAGGAAAUCCAGAAGACUAGCUAUGUUUCCUUGGGUUCCAACUUAGUUUGCACGCUCUUGCUUAUAAGGAGCUCUCUGGCUUGUGAUUAUUUACUUCAAACUAAAGUUUCAAGCACCUACAUUAAAUAUUUUAUAUCGUGUGCAGAAUACUAUAUCUUUUAAUGUCAGAUACAAUACACUGCACAUAAUGCUUGUGCACUGUUUUAAAAUUUUUGUACUAAAUAAUAGAAAAUAUUUAUAUUCUUUGAGUGUGAGCUUUGAAUAGAAGGCAUUAUCACUUUAUUGUGUUUUUUUAGCAAAAUAUUUUUUCUCAAUUAUUCUAUUGCAAUGUUAGUCUGAGCAAGUCCUAUGCCAAAAUCUUGUAUAAUGUUUGUAUGGAAGAUUAAAUUUUACUCUUGUGUGGUAAGACUACUCAGUUAUUGACUUCAUAGUUGGAAUUUGAUAUUCCAGCACAAAGUCUACAAUGUAUUCAGAAAUCCAAGUUGGUGUCAUACAUUUCAUUUUGAUGUGAACUUUCCUUUGCUUUCUUUUGUUUUAAAACUCCAUUUUACAAUAAACGUUUUGACAGUAAA